AUGAGGCCAAAGGUUCCCAUGCCUGGCCACGUCCAUCCUGCACCCCCCGAUGGCGGCUGGGGGUGGAUGGUUAUCCUGGCCGGCUUUGUGCAGACAGCCUUGGUCUUUGGGGUGAUCCGCUCUUUCGGGGUCUUCUUUGUGGAGUUUGUGGAAUAUUUCAGGGCACCCUCUAGCACCAUCUCCUGGAUCGUGUCCCUUGGGGUUGCCAUCCUGCAGUUUGCAAGUCCAGUGGGGAGCGCCCUCAGUGCCUAUUAUGGGGCACGCCCAGUAGUAAUGGUUGGUGGUUUCCUCUCUGGGCUCGGCUUGCUGCUGGCCUCCUUCUCCAUCCACCUGACUCACCUCUACCUGAGCAUCGGCUUGCUUGCAGGGUUUGGCUGGGCCCUCGUCUUCACUCCUUCCAUGGCCACCGUCUCUCAUUAUUUCGAGAAGCGACGGACGCUGGCCAUGGGUAUGGCUGUUUCGGGCGCUGGUGUCUCUUCACUGGUCUUUUCUCCGCUUUUCCAGUACCUGGUGGACUUGUAUGGCUGGCGAGGGGCGCUCAUGAUGGUGGCGGCGAUGUCUUUGAAUUUGGUGGUGUCUGGUGCUCUGCUGAGGCCCUUGGUCUUGGAAGGCGACAACGCGCCGAACGGCAAGGCCACGCCUUCCAAGUGGCCAGCAACACUUGCUUCACUCUGCAGCCUGGAGCUCUUGUGCCAUGGACCCUUCAUGCGUUACGUCUUGGUUUUCAUCCUGGUAGAUGCAGGGUACUUUGUCCCCUAUGCACACUUGGUGGCCCAUGCGAGGGAGGUGGGAUGUGACGAGUACCAAGCCGCCUUCAUCAUGGCAGUGGCUGCUGUUGCGGACAUGUGCGGCCGCAUCUUUGCCGGUUGGCUUGCUGAUUCCGGGCUCUUUGGCCGCCCCCUCCACAACCUGACUCUCUGGACAGUCCUCACAGGGGCCUCUCUUGCUCUGUUGCCCCUGGGACACAGUUACACCUCCCUCAUGUCUCUGGGCACCUGCUACGGGUUCUUCGCAGGUGCCCUCGUUCCUCUUCAGUUCACCAGCCUGGUGGAAAUUGUGGGCACUGGACACACGCUUGGGGCUAUCGGGCUCAUGCACAUGUUGGAGAGUGUGGGGGCUUUGCUGGGGACCCCACUUUCAGGGUGGCUGAGGGACAUCACAGGAAACUACACGGUCUCCUUGGUCACUGCUGGAGCCUUCCUCUUGGCCAGCAGCUUGAUCCUGGCUACGCUGCCAAACUAUUUCUCCUGCUCCAGGCCAUCGGAAGCCGAGGAGGAGGCGGCGAUCAGUUCUCAGGACCGUGAUGCCGUGGAGUUAUGGAAGUUAUCCCAACAAGACGAAGAACUCUCGCAGCCUGAGGCAAAGGCCGAUCAGGCCGCCCUGGGAGACGGGACUCAAUAG